GCGGCCUUUGGGGAGCUACAAGCAAUUCAAGUUGCUGUUUAUUAUUUCUUUAUCUCACAUGUUGGAAGUGCCGUAGUCACGUGAUUCUAUUUAAUUACCAAACAUUGACAAACAAAAAAAUUAUAAACCAUCUGUGACUUGACAAAACAGGCAGCUAAUCUUAUCAAUUAAUUUUGUAAUCAAAAGAAAAUAAUCAUGAGUGACUUGGUUGACCCAACACCUUUCUAUUUAAAGAAACGAUAUCUGAUAAUAUUCUUGAUUUUUAUUGGCUACAUAAAUUUGUAUACAAUGCGUGUCAACAUGAGCGUUGCCAUAGUAGCACUGACUCAAAAUCGAACAAUCAUUGGCGUGGAUGGAACGAAAAGUUAUGAGCAGCAUUUUGAUUGGUCUUCACAACAAAAGGGUUUUGCACUUGGUGCAUUCUUUUAUGGAUAUAUUAUGACACAGUUUGCUGGUGGAGUUUUGGCGACAAAAUUUGGCGGUCAAUGGGUUUUUGGACUAGGAAUUUUCGGAACUGCUGUCAUGACUCUAUUCACACCUCUUAUGACUUACCAAGGAAUAACAUACCUCAUCAUAUCUCGAGUUAUUCAAGGAGUUUUCAGUGGAAUGGCUUUUCCAGCUGUUAAUGCUGUCUAUGCAGUUUGGUCACCUCCACUGGAAAGAUCACGAAGCGCAAGUUAUGGAAUUUCUGGAAUCUAUGUAGGCACAAUUAUUGCUAAUCUUCUAUCAGGUUGGUUAGGUGACAAUUAUGGAUGGGAAUGGAUAUUUUAUGUCUUUGGAGCAGCAACAAUUGUUUGGAAUGUAUUAUGGUUCCUCCUCGUUCAUUCUAGUCCUGAGCAUGAUCCAUGGAUUACAGAAGGUGAAAAAAAGUUCAUAUCUGAAAGUUUAAAGAAUCAAAGUGGAAUGAAAAAUGUCGUGAAGCCUCCAUGGAAGGCAAUCUUCACAUCAUAUCGUGUCUAUGCUAUAGCUAUUGCUCAUUUCUCAUACAAUUGGGGUUACUAUACUUUAUUGACUCAACUCCCCAUGUACAUGCGAGAUAUUCUCAAAAAUGAUCUCACAAAAAGUGGAAUACUUAGUGCUGUGCCUUACAUCGUACAAACAAUAUUGAUAUUUAUUACUGGAUAUUUUGCAGACUGGCUUUUAGUGAAGAAAAUUUUAACAGUCACACAAGUAAGGAAAUAUUUCAACAAUAUAGCAUUGCUUGGUCAGAUGACAUUCCUACUCAUAGCUGCAUUUUUGACAAACACAUCUGCGAUUAUUGUUUGUAUUUCGUUAUCUGUUGGAUUAGGAGCACUUGCCAUGUCUGGAUAUUUGCCAAAUACUAUUGAUAUUGCUCCUCAAUUUGGAAGUAUCAUACUUGGCUUGAGCAAUACAUUUGCUACGAUUCCUGGACUUGUGUCACCUGUUCUUUCGGGAUUUAUUGCUGUCACACCGAGUGCCGAUGAAUACCGAAUAAUAUUCUACAUCACAUGCGGAAUCUACAUAGUAGGAGCUGUAGUUUAUGGAAUUUUUGCGACAGCGAAAGUUCAACCUUGGGCUUUGACUGAACAUAGUUCGACAGAAUCAACAACACGCAAUGAUAAAGAGACUAAGAAUAUCUUCAAUUUCGGACUGUUUGGAGCUGCAAUAUUUUCAGCAUUAGCUCCAUACAUGGCUCGACAUGGAAUUGAAUAUUUAAUCGCAAUUAGAAUAAUUUUGGGUAUAUCCAGUGGAUUUUCAUUUUCGUCUGCAAAUGAUGUUCUUAGCAGGUGGAUUCCUUUAGCGGAAAGGUCUAGAAGUGCAAGCUUCACAACAGCUGGCAUAAAUUUUGGAACAUUCAUGGCAAAUUUUGUUUCCGGAUACAUCAGCAUCAGUUUAGGUUGGGAAUGGAUCUUCUACACAUUUUCUAUAACAACAAUAAUUUGGUGCAUUAUUUGGUUUUUUACUGUUCAUCGUUCGCCAGAGACUGAUACAUGGAUUACAGCAACAGAGAAGCAAUUCAUCAUCAAUAGCUUAGCAGAUAAGAAUGGAGAAAAAGCAGUGACGAAGCCUCCAUGGAAAUCACUUUUGACUUCGCUUCCUCUUUGGGCUAUUAUUGUGGCUCAUUCUUCUUAUACUUGGGGCUUCUUUACUAUGAUGACACAGCUUCCAUCGUACAUGGAUGAAGUUUUACAUUUUAAUCUUAAAAACAGUGCAGUGAUCAGCUCAUUGCCAUACUUGGCAUUCACAUUGGUUGCUUUCUCUUCUGGCUUUCUAGCUGAUUGGAUUUUUAAGAAGAACUUCCUUACAGUCACUCAAAUUAGGAAGUAUUUCAAUAAUUUUGCACUUCUUUGUCAAAUGACAUUCCUUCUUAUUGCUGCAUUCAGCACAGACAAAACUAUUAUUGUGAUCUGUAUCAUCUUGUCUGUUGGACUUGGAGGAUUCAUAACAUCAGGAAUUUUUGCCAAUACUCUCGACAUUGCUCCUCAAUUUUCAAGUAUCAUUUAUGGAAUUUCUUCAACUUUUGCUGUGAUUCCUGGAAUGGUUUCACCUCCAUUGUCUGGGUUUAUUGCUGUUACGCCGAAUGCUAGCGAAUAUCAAAUAAUAUUUCUGAUAGCAUGUCUGAUUUACUUAUUCGGAACUGUAUUUUAUGGAAUUUUCGCAUCUGGAGAUGUGCAGCAAUGGGCUUUAACAAAAUCUAAUUCGGAAGAUGAACAAAUCAAAUUGGAAACAGCUGAAAGCUUUAAAGAACGGAAUAAAAAAUAAAAUUGUGUAUAAUUUAAGCUAAUUGAGCAAUUAUAAAGCACUAAUCGAAUAUUUUUAAUUGCAAUAAAGUCUUUGCUUUAAACUGGAUUGUUCUGGUUUCAAUCACA